AUGGGCGGCGUCUGCUCAUGCGCCACAACGAAGCGCGCGCCCCACGACCGGGGAAGCGCGGCUGGUAAGGACGCCAACCCAAACCAUGGCAGCUUGCCAGAGUCACCGGCUGCGAGCGCUGCGCUGGGCGGGAGCUCGAGCACUCACGUGCGCGUCACCGACCGAAACGGUGGUGCCGGCAAUCCUGAGGCCGGUGUCUCGGAGCGGCUGCUCAGUGGCAGCGCCCUGGUCCUCCCCGCCAGCGUCGACGCCCGAAGCAGCAACGCCAGCAGCGACUUCACCAGGAACACCGACCUUCUCUCGGGGAAAGCAAUGUUGCGUGACACGGAGACAAAGACGAGCAGCGUCGUCACCGCCAUCAGCUCCGCCGGCGGUAACUUGGCCCCGCUGAUGAACAACGGCGGCGCAUGCCCAAGUUCUGCGCAAGCGGGAUCCCGCUGCGACGCCUACUUCCCUCCAGGCCACGACGCAGGGAUGAGGCUAGGGGCUGACAAGUACACCGGCGUCGGCGCGAGCCCGCUUUCAGCGUUCAACUCACCCGAUCUGCAGAGUGUCGCCUCCACCGCGUCCACCGACAAGGAGAGAAAACCGUGCGACCAAGUCGCAUACCCCGGCAUGGCGCGGCCGCAUGAGAACCCGAUGAUUUUCACGGACGAUGACACGUGCGUGGUGGAGACAGCGAGCUCGGCGUUUGGCACGCCGAGGGAGCUACGCAAGAGCUCGAGCAGUAUUGCUGGCCUCCCUCGCAGUGCCUCCAUUGUCAGCUGCGGCAGCAUGACGAGCCAGCAACCACACGGCUACAACUACUAUAACAGCACCGCGAUAUGCGCGGAGUACCGCCCGAUGCUUCCGCCUGCGUCGCUUCCACUGAGCGCGGCCACGGCAUCCCUCACCCCAGCCGCGCCGAAAGGAAGCGAGAGGCAGCAGCUUCAACAGAAGUCGAAGCUCUUCUCCCCCGGCCCACACUCCCGCACGACCCUCGCAAACGUGCGCGCGAGCCAGCAGGUGCUGGCGACGAGGAGCUCCGGCAGUGCACGCACGCCGCUCACUCGCGAGAGCUCCAUCGUAGGGUCGGACUGCUUCCACAGCUGCUGCAGCUACACUGACCUGACUCCCGCCACCCCAGCAGGUGCGGCUGCAGAGGCGGACGUGCACCUCCUCUCUGGCGGCUACCCGGCGAGCACCGCCAGCGGAGCCUCUUCGAAGGGGCGACAGCUCUACACAUGCCGCAGCGCCUACACGCCGUCCACUCAUGCCCGAUCACUCUCUUCCCCUGCGGCAAUCACCCACAGCCAAGGCGGGACGAUGCCCUCCAGCGCGCGGGACGCGUCGCUGUUGCCCCCACGCUCCCCGCUGCUGACCCCGGGUAGCGCUGCGGGGCCGUGCAGCACACCGAAUGCGCAGCAGCUGUACCUGAGGCGGCAAGCAAGCCUCUGCUCCGGUAUCGAGGACGCGCCUGCGUCUGAGGACUUCUUCUCAGUCCCGCCGACCGCCCGCAGCUUCUUCCUCGAGCGGUCCUCCGCCGCUGCAUCGACGCCGGCCAACCACUCUGCCCUUGGCAGGGGCUUCGCCGAUACCGCGGCGGCGGCGGCGAACGCAAAGAAGUCGAGAAGGGUAGCGAAGCGCAGCAUUACCUCUCCCGAGUCACGCUACUCGCGCGCCCUCGACGAGGCAGCAUCACGAUCAUCGUCGAAGCCCUUUUCAGAGUCCUUCAACUCCGGCUCUGCUCCGUUGUCGUGGACGGACGCAUCACCGCUGACCGAGAAGACGCUGUCAGAGGAGCAGCAGCUCAGCCACACGUCCGCUGUGACCGGAAAGCAGGCCGCCAGCCACGGCACGAACAACGGCGGCAGCAGAAAGGGAAGGCGGCUGCGGAAGCGGCGCCACUCCCGCGGCAACUUCCUGCUCGACCUGAACCCGCCGCCACAGGCGGCGCUUGAGAUGGCGGCAGCAGCGACCAGCAAGGCGAACCCUUCGCCGUCGUCCGCCUCUGCUGCAGAUGCUAUGGAGACGCCGCCGCUGCCGAGUGUCACCUCGAACACUGUCGCGUUGGUCGACAACCACGGCACCGAAGCGGCCUUUGUAUCCUCCUCGACCGCGAGCAAAACAAGCAUGCGCAAGUCCGGCGCUGAUGAUGACCCUGUAGCUGCAAGGGGAGUACGGUUGACUCAGGCAUACACCGAGACCCUUCCGCUCGCGUCAGAUGCUGCCGAUGCUGGUGGUAGUGGUGGCAAUACCGCGGCGUUGCCCACCUCGCCCUCUGGGAGCAUGAGCUCCUUCUCCACGGUUGCCUCGUCGUACCAGCGCGACGUCCUUGUGAGGGCGUCGUGGCGGGGUUCGUCGGAGGUACCGCGGCAGUUGCAGCGGCCGGAGAGCGACACUGCUCCUUGCAGGCGGCGGCACUCCUCCCGUGGCGCAGGCGGUGGCGCUUCGAAGCUGCGUUCCAAGGAAGCCUCUGCCACCUUCAGUGAUUCCGUGGCACAUGGCGGGCCGGCAAGCCACGCUCCGGCUGCCAAGGCCACCAGGGGUGCCGGCGCUGCUGCUGGUGCUGAGGCAACGUCUGCGUCAUCGGUGGUGCCGCUCACAACGAACCCAAAGCCGUGGGUGCCGAGCGGCAGAUCGGCGGCGGCUACUGCCGUCCGUGCUGACCCACGCAGCACCGCGCACGUGAUGACCACCGCCGCCACCACAACAGGGCCGCCCGGUGACACCAGCCGUCGCUCGUCGCUGACUCACGGCAGCUCGCCUCCAGAAAAAAGUGGCGGCGCGCGGCCCGCUUCUGCCACGACGGCUGCGACUGGGCGUCGCUCCCUUGGCGGCGCUGCCAAGCCUGGCUCCGGGAAAGGAGCGCCGCGGCGGACCUCGACGUCGGGCUCCCUCGUGCCUCCGUCGCCCACCGAUGCGCGCAAGCCGACAGUGAAACGGACAGCCGCGGCCGCAGCUCUAGCGGCAACAGCCGCCGCCGCCGACAGAGAGCCAUCGGAUGCUGAGAAGGCCGAGUCCGUCGUUGAGUACGCCAUCGAUAUUGGCGAUACAGGGGAGAGCGAGGGGUCAGGGAUGGACGCCGUGCACAUUGGCGGUGGCAGCAGCGACAACGGUCUGCAGACCGCGCUAGGGGCCACUUCUCCACAACCACCGCUACCGCAGCAGCACGCGGACAGGACGGAGGACGCCGUAAAAUUCAACGACAUCAACGAUGGCUUCCCGGCGCAAGAGCGCGUGCCGCAGCCGUGUGGCAGCAGCGCAGAUGGCGCUGAUGAGCCACGUCUCGCGGGCUUCCAAGCCUCGCCUGAUGUCUCCAACGCCACGGUUAUCACGUCGUUGGCGGAUAGCGCCUUCCUCCAGUCGUACACGGAGGCGCAGCUGGUGACGAUAUUCGGCGGCUCCGCAGCUGCGUUGCGCGGUUGUGACAACGACUAUCAACACCUUUGGGUCUCUGAUGAAGGAAGGGGCGGGGAUGGCGCGGCCCAGGAUGGCGACGACUCUGAGGGCGACCGCGCCGCACUUCCCGCCGACAUGGCGGUGGUGGUGGCCCACCGAGCGGUGUCCUCCACUGACAGCGACGGUCAGGGGUCGUACUCGGUCUCCGCAACCUCUGCGGAGGAGGCGAUGCUGGCGGCGACACCCAGUAGUGCUGCACGGAGUAAUGCCGGAUCACCCACCGCAAAGGACAGGGACGCACUAACGCUGCCGAAGGAGGAUGCGGUGCCCCCAGCGCUCGCCGUCAGCAACGGCGGCAACAGGUGCGAGGAGGCCACGGAGUGCUCACCGGUGAAUAUGUCGCGCCGCUCUUUUUCCCCCGGGUCCGACUCACACGCCUCAGAGGUGCAGGUGACCACACCGCGCUGA